AUGACUGUAUUUGAAUUACUCGGAGGUGCCAAGAAGAGAAAGAAGAAGGUCUACACUACUCCCAAAAAGAUCAAGCAUAAGAGAAAGAAGGUCAAGCUUGCUGUUCUGAAGUACUAUGAGGUCGAUGAGAAUGGAAAAAUCAGACGUCUUCGUAAGGAAUGUCAGUCUCCCACUUGCGGAGGAGGAGUCUUCAUGGCUGCUCACGAGAACAGAUAUUACUGUGGACGGUGUCAUGAUACUCUUGUUGUUGAAGAACCCGUUGUUUCAUCUAAAGGCAAAGGUGGCAAGAAGAAGUAA